CCAAACAUAGUUGUAAUCACGUAUAACCACAUAGUCACACAAAUGUAUGCGUUUGUUUUUCAUGAAUAGCCCAACGAAACAUUCCGAUUCAAUCGUAUAAAAUGAUCAUUUGAUUGUAAAUAUUUGUUACAAAUUAACGCAGUUUCUUCGCGUAUAGUAUUCAUUAAUAAAAAUAAAAAUCAUAUGCAUAUUGCCACAGCUGAGAACAAAAUAGCAACACCGCGGGAAUCUAGGUUUCGUGUAGUGCAACCGGUGCAACCAACCAUAGCCGACUCUAAUAUAUAGACGUAGCAUUGCUAGGUUAUGAAAGUAAACAAAGUGGUACUGAAUCUCAAAUUUUUAGGUAGCAUAUGAAAUUAUUGCUUUUGGAGAAAGAUCGUAUCCAUGUAGAUAGAGAAGAUUUAUAAAAAAGAAUGCCAACAGUUAUAGCAUUAGACGUGUCUCUGUCAAUGAGACGUCCAGUAUCGGGUAGUUUGAUCGGAGAAAAUAACCAAAAUGAACAAUUAACGAGGCAUCAUUUAGCUGUACACGGAAUAAAUGCGUUGUUACAUUAUUUACAAGCAAAUUCGAAGUUGGAAUUUGUAGCCCUAGUUGUGUUUUCAUCAUUGUAUGAAGUUAUCUGUCCAUUUACUCGUGAUUAUGACACCAUACGUUCAAAAUUGCAAAACAUUGAGGAAUGUGAUAAGACUUGUAUUGAAACUGCUUUGCAUGGUGUAAACAAUGUUAUUAUGGCAGAAUGGGGUAAUACUACAGCUUGUCAAGUAGUAUUAAUUACCGAUGGUAAUCCUGGAGUAGGACCGAUGUCUUUGGGUGAAUCCUUGAAUUCACUGAAUGUAACGAGAGAUGUAAAUCCAUUUCCAUUACCUUUUCCUUAUCCAGGAAAAUUAAGCGUGGUUUGCAUUGCAUCACAACAAGAUGCUGGCUUGCAUGUUGGGUUACCACUGUACCAAAGAUUGGUCGAGCUUGCUGGGGGUGAUAGUGUGGUAUUAGUUCCUGAAACACCACUUUCAAAACAUUCAGUCACAGCUUGUUUCCAAAAAUUAGCAGAAACUAACUAUGUAUCUUUCCAUGGGUACUUGAAGUGCGGACACUUAGGUUCCCGUAUUCUUCUCUCACCAGCUCCAAUGCCCUAUACCAAGAAAGCAGAUUUUGAAUUAGUGUCUGGCUUGAUGAUAUCAAAAACUAUAGAAAUUUGUGGAUUUAUAUCGGUAGCGGAUGUCGGUAGUCCUAGCGCUAUAUCUAGGCAUUUAGUAUUGCCAUUAGCUACAGAAAAGACUUCAAGUAUGCAAGGGAUAUCUUUGGAAGAAGAUUCGGAUACGGAUGAGAAUGGUGAUGAGGGGAAAAUACCAUCCUUCUGCGUACUGUUACAUGGAGCUUUGAAGGUUGAAAAUAUGGUAGCACUUUGCUUACUGAAUAAUGAGUGGUACGGUUUUAUAUACUCAUGGGCAGAUACAAAAAAGAAAUCGAACUUAAUGUUAACAGUAUUGGAACCGGGUCUAGAUGUUGUGCCCUGGUUGGGUAAUUUCAGUAAUUUGGGUCCAAUCGAUACAGCUAAAGAUGCCGUCCUCAGUUUUCCAGUUAGGUCAAAUGAGAAAAGAAGUUAUACUCAGUAUGCACCUUCUUGGAUUCGUCAAGUUGGUUUACAAUCUGAUAUUCAGAAGAUCUUAAGACACGCAAGGAAAUUACCAGAAAAAACGCAAAACUUUUAUAAGGAAGUAAACAGAUUGCGUAAAUCUGCUGCUUCAAUGGGAUUUGUGGAGCUCUUAGAAGGAUUGGCGUGCAUUUUGGAACGAGAAUGUACAUUAUUACCUUCAAAUGUAAACCCUGAUUGUGCGAUUCAAAUGGGUCAUGUGGCUUUAAUGAUAAGGAAACCAGAAUUUUUAGAACUUAGAUACAAUAUACCACCAGCACGUACCAGAUUUCAGCAUGGAGGAUCAUAGACAAGUCAGCAAUAAAUUUAUAAUGUACAUAUGUCUAUAAAAAAUAAUUUUUAUAUCGUAUAAUACACUUUUGAAAUGUUA